AUGAGGAACAGGGCUACCACGAAACUGAGCAGGCCGAAAAUCCGGCAAUCAUGGAGCAAAUACAACCUGUAUAACCUCAACCGCACCCGCAACCCUAGCACACAAGGACGCACAUUCUUCCAGCAGAAAUGGACAGCCAAGGCAAUGGCGCGCGCCUACCACGGAGAGCAGGUCCGCGAGAGUCAAUGGACACGCAUGUUCUCAAGGCGUAUGCGCAGUGUCGUGCCCAUGAAUCCCUGGAAGAUGGCGCAGGAUGACGGAUCUGGCUCGGCUGCUGGUCGUGGAUCGGGGCUGGAACCAAUCGAGCCGCCGACUGUUUAUGAUAGUACUAGGACGAAGGUACCGUACACGAAUAUGGCGUUUGCCCCGCUGGAGCGGAGACUCGACGUGGCUAUCUUCCGGGCGCUGUUUGCGAGCAGUGCAAGACAGGCCAGGCAGUUUGUCCUCCAUGGCGCUGUUACGGUUAAUGGGAAGAAGAUGAGAUUCCCCGGUUACCUCCUCAACCCCGGAGAUAUGUUCCAGGUCGACCCCGAGCGAGUGAUGUUUGCCACCGGUGCGCCGAAAGACAAGUUCGAACGUCGCGAGGGCCGUGUCGAGCGCAAGAAGGCCGCGGAGGCCGCCAAGGCCGAGGAAGCUAAAGAGGAGGGCGAGGGCGAGGAGGCCAAGGAGAAGGAGGAAGCCGAGACCAAGGACGCCAAAGAUGACAAGUUCGACCCACGGGGGACGCUGAAGCGCCUCCUCUCCAGGGCCAAGAACAUCAUGGCUGACGGCAAGGACGUGCUUCCCGCCAAACGCAAGCAGGACCUGCGAGGCUUCCAGAAGGCCGUCCGCCGCGUCAUGUCCAAGAACAGUGAUGCCGCUUCCAGCAUGACCGACAACCUCGAGACCCAGUUUUCCGAGCUUUUGAAGCUCCUCAAGGCUACGAAGAUCCAAUCCAAAGAAGUCAAGGAAGAUAAAGGCACAGCCAAGUCAGCAGAAGCCUCCGCCGAGGCGUCCGGCGAGGACGCCAAACCCACAGAAGCCCUCACCCAGGCCUUCCGCCGGGCCGCAGAGAAUCCCGAGGCCGACGUCGACACAUCAGAGCUCACGGAGGAGGAACUCGACGUGCUCAAGCGCGCCCUCGUCCAGAUGCGCGACAACCCCAUCGACCACACGAAGCCCUACGCUACCCCCUGGCGGCCGCGUCCCUACAUGAGCGCGUUUGCCUUCAUCCCCCGAUACCUCGAAGUCAACCAGAACAUUUGCGCGGCAGUGUAUCUGCGACACCCGGUUGCUCGGCCCGGCCUGUCAGAGGUCCCGACACCGUUCGGUGAGGUGGUAUCGACCGCAUACAUAUAUACGACAUUACGACCUCAACGCGACCCCGAAUCUCCCUAUCCAGCACCAUCACGACAACGCCCACAGAGCCUCACCCAGGAUCCCUCGGGGAACCUGAACAUCGGGGACAGCGAGAUGUACAAUCCCUGGAGCACACACGCACAAGCACCGCACACCCACCCUCACCACCACGGCCACCACGGACCCCCGCACGCCCAGCCCCAUCCACACCACUCCCAACAUGCCCACCACCACGCGCCCACCGUGACCUCCGUAGGCACCGUCUCCGUCCCGGGCACCGUGUCUCCAGGAACGCGCCUAGUAGAUCUAGACUCGUCGCCGUCCGCCUCGCCGAGCGCGUCCUCCUUCCGCAUGAACUGGCUCCCGUCUAUGCUGAACGGCCGCGUGCAUAGCACUGCAUCGUCGCUGCCGACGAUUUCGUCGAAUCUCCGCAUGCAGCAUACGCACCCGCAGACGACGCAGCAGCAGGCACCUGUGUCGAUGAUUGUGGACUCGAGGGCGCAGUCGGGGGGUGCGGUUGUUGGGGGUCCGGGGGGUGUUGCCAACCAAGCACAGGUACAGCAGCAGGUUGUGUCCGUCGAGAGCGAAGAGAGUGACCGGUCAGAGAGUCCGGGCGGUACACCGGGGGCGCGAGAUGUCAGCGGGGCGGAUGCAUUGGGGGAGCCGGAAUUCGGAUCUAGCGAGGGCGGGCAGAAUGGGAGGGGUGAGGAUAUUGAUGUCGAGGUUCUAGGUGAGGAUGGCAGCGAUGCCAACGGGAAGGGCGUCGGCAUGAGCAUAGGGGAGAAUGGCGAGAUCACACAUAACCUCCCCGGCGGGUUGAACUUUACAAGUCGAAAACACGGGAAGCGCCUGACGACGAAGGAGGAAGUCUCUCUCUUCGAAAUCUGCAACCGCCACGCCGCGGAGUUCGGGCAACGCAGUAACCUCUGCAAGUGGUGGAUGACCGUGACAAUGGAGUUCACGCGCGGCCAGAAACACCCGUACUCGUGGCACUCCGUGCGCCGCAAAGUCGAGCUCGUUACAAAACAGCGCAUGAAGUUCCUUGAGGAGCAGCGCGAGAAGGGCGCAACCGGAACAGAGACAACAGAGGAUCUGUCGAACCUGCGAUGGCGCACCGUCGUCGAUGCCUGGAUUCCGACAUGGCAGCGGUGGGAGGAAGCUGAGGCGCGGCGCAUCGAGAAGAGAGACUCGCGACGGCCGCGGAAGAGGAAGUGGACUGCUACGACGCCUACAUCGUCGGGCAUCACAGCUGGCGACGGGUGGGAUCUGCCGAGCUCCUCAGCGCCAGGUUCAGGGGAUGCAUGGCGCGCACCCUCGAGCACGAGUAGCAGCCCCAUGGUCAACCAUACCUCCGCGGCACCAUCGUCAACACCCGUCCGUCUCCCACCAGGUUUCGACACGCUCUUCUCGCAAUCUUCCACCCAGACACCGCCCGUAUCAACCUUCAACCCACACACCCAGCCUCACCGUACCCCUCAAACGAACAACCACGCCCACAUCCAAAGUCUCAACCCCUCAACACCAAAUACGAGUACGAACCCGGCCCCGCAACAAACCCCCGACAGCGCAGUCAUGGUCGCGAUGCUCGAGACCCUAGGUAAACUCAACAAGCACCUUGAGUCAAACUCAAGCUCGUCGCAACCGCAAAACAGUACGAAUGCGAAUUCGAAUGCGAAUGCGGAUUCGGAACCGUCAUCAGCGCAGCCGCAGCCAUCCUCUCAGGAUAGUAACGAUGGAGGUUUAGAGGAAGGUCAAACUGUCUCGCCGGAAGUACUGAGAAAACUCAAGGAAGAGCUCAAAUCGGAGAUGAUGAGUGAGUUGCGGGCGGAAUGGGACAAGGAGCGGGCGGUGUUAGAUGAGAAGCUUGAUUCUGUUCAGAGGACGCAAGAGAUGAUUCUUGAGUUGCUAAGGCAGGAGCCUUCUUGA